AUGUCGACGCUCGCAGACGAGCUCCUCCAAGAUUUUGAAGACUCCGGCUCGGAAGCUGGUGGCGACGAGCAUGACGACGGCCUCUAUGGCGAUGCUGGUCUUGCGGGGCCUGCGAAUACGAAUGGAGAUGACACGGCCAUGGAGGAAGUGCGCGACGAAGAUGCGGACGAGGAAGAGGAUGCGGAUAUGGCGGAUGGUCUAGAUGGGAGUGCCACGCCUGGGGCCGUAGGGGAUGACGACGACGAGCUGGACGCGAAGGCAAAGAUUGAAAAGAUGCAGCUGGGAGGAGUUCGUGAUGUACGCGCCGUCGCGGGUCUUAUGAAGACCCUGACGCCCGUUCUCGAGAAAAUCGCACACUACCAGUCACAACCGGCCGAAUCGACGGACAGCAUCGGCAACGUAGAAGACCACCCGGAGUACCAUCUCCUCACACAGUCCAACAGCCUUUCGACCCAGAUCGACAACGAGAUUGUGCUCGUCCAUAAAUUCAUCAAGGAUCACUACUCGGUGCGCUUCCCGGAGCUCGAGACACUCAUCACCAACCCGCUUGAGUAUGCCCGGGCCGUGGCUAUCCUGGGCAACGGGCCUAUGGACUCAGAGAGCAUCAAAGCGCUCCAAACAUCAACAGACAACGCCCUCGGGCAGACCCUCAAAUCGGCGCUCGAUGGACCGACUCUGAUGAUUGUCACGGUGGAGGCUACUACGUCCAAGGGGCAGGCCAUGUCACCAGAACAGCUGCAGCGCGUAGUGCAGGCCUGCGAGAUGAUCAUCGCGCUCGACAAGGCGAAGAAGACCCUGACCGAAUAUGUCCAGUCGCGCAUGAACGUCUUUGCGCCCAACCUCACUGCGCUCAUCGGCUCCUUGACAGCCGCGCAGCUGCUUAACCAAGCCGGCGGCCUAAUUGGCCUCUCCAAGGCGCCCGCCUGCAACCUACCGGCCUGGGGAUCCAAAAAGCAAGCCAGCGCGGCUCUCGCCACCAACGUGGGCAUCCGGCACCAAGGCUUCAUCUUCCAGUCGCCCGUGAUCCGGACCAUCCCGAGCGACAUCAAAAAGCAAGCCAUCAAGAUGUUCGCCAACAAGAUCGUCAUGUGUGCACGCACCGACUGCUUCCACCAGUUCCGCGACGGCUCCGAGGGCGAGCGCCUCAAGGACGACUGCCUCGACCGGCUCGACAAGCUCCAACAAAAACCCCUCAGCAAGGGCGGCCGCGCGCUGCCAGCCCCGGACGACAAACCCAGUCGCAAGCGUGGCGGCCGCCGCGCACGCAAGGCCAAGGAAGCCACCGCGAUGACCGACCUGCGCAAGGCACAGAACCGCCUCGCCUUCAACAAGGAGGAGCAAGAGGUCGGCUACGGCGUCGGCGACAGCACGCGCGGCUUGGGCAUGAUCGGUCAGCGCGACGAUGGCCGCUUGCGCGUUGCCCAGGUCGACAACCGCACGCGCGCCAAACUUAGCGCAAAGAGCAAAGGCUGGGGCGGCGCCAGCUCGCUGUCCGGCCCCGGCAGUGCUUCGUCGCUUCGCGGCGUCGGCGCUGGAGGCAGCGGCGCGCUGGGCAACCUCAGCCUGGCCAGCAGCAAAGGGCUGCGCACGUCGGGCGUGGGCACCACACUGGGGUCUGGAUCGGCCACGGCCGGUACGGUGUCCUCGCUUGCGUUCACCUCGACACAAGGGUUGGAGCUGGUUGAUCCGAAGGUACAAGCCGAGCUGAGCCGGAAACGGAAGGCGGAUGAGGAUCGGUGGUUUAAGAGUGGCGCAUUUACACAGGUGGGCGGUGGUGGUGCGAAUGAGAGUGGGAGUAAUGAUACCAAUAAUGGUGGCUUCAAAAAACCGGAUCUGCCGCCGACUAAGAGGGUUGACACGGGGUCGACUAAAUCAUAA